AUGAUCACGCCUCAAGACGACGAACAAUCUAUCCUCUCCGCAAUCGAUCGUUUUGUCGCUUGCCUCGGCGAGGACAAGGCUACCGUCGCCAGCUGCGUCGAUCACUACAUUCAUCUCGAAACCGACGCAGCCGCUCGCUUCAACAUCGUCACUUUGCGCGCGCGACUUCCCGUCGACGCCCAGAUUCCUGGCUCAGCUUUGGUAUUCUAUUUGCACACCGUUAAUGCAGGACGAUACUUUUACGCAGCCCUCCACGACCUCGCCACUCGUUGUCCCAGCUUUGAGGAAGCUAGGUCUUUAUUACAAGCACAGGCCGCCAUUCGAAGAGCCUCCAGUUACAAAACGCCGGGAGUAGACAAGCAUGCGCAAGGCAUAAUUUUGCACGACGUCAACACUGUUCUCAACAGCCUGCGAACCCAAGCCCCACCCCCUUCUCCCGAACAAGGGCGGUCAGAAAAGGCCAACCGUACCGUUAAUGACGACGACCUCAACGAUACAAACACUACGCUGCACCAGUCCAUCCUCCAGCCUGCAGCCCCCAGCUCGGAAGACAGCCAAUCGCCCCAGAAGGUCCAGCAACAGUCCCCAAUUGAGGCUGACCAAUUGGACUGGGACCCGUUCGAGGUUGACCUGCCCCCGCAACCCGAUCGCUCUGCGGCCCACAAUCAGUUUUCAUCCUCGGACGACAGCUUUGUCCAUCAGACUCCCGACCAAACCUCCUCAACCAUCGAAGAACGUUUUAAACACUACGAGUCCCUUGACUACAACAAUCUACCUGCAUACAUCGACGUUCCUUCGCCGAACAUCAACAACUCUGGCCAAUACACAGUCACAAGUGCAUUUGCCGAUCCACCUACUGUGCUAGCCGACAGCCAACAACCAAGCAUCUUGUCACCAGCUCCAAUCCAACCUCAGACUUCCACGAUGGCUUCAAAUUCCAAUCACCAGCAACCGGAGUCACAGGUUAUACCGUCCGCCAAGAGACGAAGAAUUACACUCCCCAACCCUCUUCGAUCUCUCCUGCCAGGGGAAGAGAUUCAAGCCUCUUUGGUUUCGGGGAUUCUACAAAGCUUAUGCGAUCUUGUUCCACAUCGCGCAGUGUGUUUGGCACCUAGAGGUCCCGCUACAGACGCGACCGCCGUCAUAUCCCAGACGCAGUCCAGGAUGCAUGGUGUUUUCGAUCAGAGCCCGAAAGAGGCGGUGGUUGUCAUGCCACUCCGAACAAACCAUCAUUGGGCUCUGGCCUUUGUGAGGGUCACAGGCCAAAAGCAAGUCGUCAUAGAAAAUUACAAUGCAGCAAGCGACCAGGAGCUUACCAAGGAGGUAGAGGGUCUGAUGUGCAGCCUUUUUGAUGUGCCACAGGACAACGACACUGCGCUGCCUAAGCUUUGCCCAAGAAGCUCGUGGAAUUCCAUCAGCCGACACAGUGUGUCGCAAGCGGACCAGCAAGACUCCGGUGUGGGUGUCCUGAUUCACUGCCUCUACGCUCUCGGAGCUACAAGCAUUCCAAAGGAAGUUGACUGGCUUCUUUGGCGACGGGUUCUGGCUGCCUACAAGAGCGCCCGAGAUUCGCCCUUGGCUGCGGGCGGCAGUUCCACACAUCUGACUCCGCCGGGUGACGUAUUGGUCCAGCUUCGACGGGAGCAUGCAGACUCUCUUGGUACUCGCAGCGGAGUCCGUGUACCGGUACCAGCCGACUCGAUCAUACGUCGUGCGCUACUUGAUGAUGCCAACUGGCUGUCUGUGCCAAGCGGUGAGGCUCGCGCCCUUGACGAAGCGCUCGCCGAACUGCGGGCCAAGCUUACAUCUGUCCCCGACAAACUCAAGGCCAAGGCACAUCUAGCCAGGCAAACCAUGUACGACAUCAACACCCUGGUAGCGGUUUUACUUGGACAAGCAGCGGAGAAACCAGGCCCAGCAAGCAAUCAUCUGGAGAACUGUGAGAAAGAUAUGGAUAAGAUCAAGUCACUCAUACCUCUCAUGCGCGGCGGAAAGAUGGCCAAAGAGAAGAUGCAGGCUGCUCUUGAGACCGCAGAAGGGGCAACCAGGCUCGCCGCAGCUCGCAAAGCAGAGGAGGACAAUAACCGCCAGCGCAGUAUCCAAGGCCUCAAGGCCAUGCAAGACGAGAUCCAGAAGAUUGAGCGAGAGCUCGAUACUGCCGGCGAGGAGGACUCUGAUGAGAAUCAGAACGACAAUAAGAUUGAUCACAACGACCUGCCUAGCGAAGAUGACGAAGAUCACGAUGCUGACCUCAACGACUCGGCUGACAAGGACAGCGACGACGAUGACGAACAACCAAGUCAUGAGGAAGAUCUAACUGAUGACGAGGAACCAAGCGAUGGUGAAGAGGAUAGGGACGAUGCGUAG